AUGACGAACAGCCAGAACAUCGGCCAAGCCACAGAAGCUCUAGAGCGAUACAUGCAAGCGUGGGACCUCUCAGACUCGCCAGACUCCCCACCGCCUGCGCUGCUAAUCCAGACCCCACCAACUCCACCCCCUUCUCCACAGAUGCUGCAGGAUCCUACAGGAUCAGGUCUGUGUGAGGAAACCAUUAUCGACAUCAAGCUUGCAACCCAUCACCUGGUGAUGUUGGCAUUAAACGCCUUUCUACAGGAAACAUGCUACGGAUGUCGAACAGCUCAACCCAGUCAGGUGCAACACAGCUGUUUGCUCGAACUGCCCGAGUAUUACUUUGACACCUACUACGACGAUGUGAUGCUGAGGCUCAAGACAUUCCGAUUCAUCCCUGCCAUUCGCCUGUUUGUACGCUCGUACACAGUCGAUGGGACUAAAACACAAUUCAGCAGGAUUGCAGAACACACCAUGACUGAACUGAGAUCAUCACAACAUAUAGUAUGCGCAAUUAACGACAAUAUUGCACAGCUGCUAGAAGCAAGUCGUUAUGCCCGUCGUGUUAAACCAGCCAUGCUUCGCAUGAUUGGUAACUACUGGGCUGGGAGACACCUGGUUUAAUGUAUGUUGUUCAGUAUUCAUUGUCUGUGUGAAUUAAAUAAAAAGACAUGUCAACACCGACAUCUUAGUCAUUUGCGGUCGACUUUGCUUAUACAACAGAGAAAAGCAACAAUACAGCGUGUUUCUCUGCUCCAAGACAUCGCUGGGCCUUUCACACGGUAAGCAUGUCUGUUAUACCCAGCGCAUAAAUGUCUGUAUGUCAGUGCUGAUUAU